AUGGCAUCUUCAAGCUUCAAUCUCAACCCUUUCCCUUGCUUUCCUCUUGCAUUUCCUUCACUUCUCAACUCUGACCCUUCACCCAACAACCCUACUUUCAACUUCCAUCAACCCCAUCUAGAUCCACUCUCAUUUCUACCUCCCUAUUUCCCGAUCGCCCACUUCUCGGCUUCGGCAACGGGGAAUAGUAGCCAAGCUCUCGGCGACAUCCCGAGUGCUCUUACGGUCGGGACGGGGACGAGGACGGGGAAGAAGGAUCGACAUAGUAAGAUUUACACGGCACAGGGUUUACGGGAUCGGAGAGUGAGAUUAUCCAUCGAUAUAGCUCGAAAGUUCUUUGAUUUGCAAGAUAUGUUAGGGUAUGACAAAGCUAGCAAAACCCUAGAGUGGCUUUUUGGUAAAUCUAGAAAAGCAAUUAAAGAGCUUUCAAGGUCCAAGUAUGGAAAUGUUGAAGAAAAGGAGGAAGAUAGUGAAAAAGUUGAGGUUUUUAAUCUUCUUGCUAAAGAAUCAAGAGCCAAGGCCCGAGCAAGAGCCAGAGACGACGACGACGACAACGACAACAAUAGAAAAUAUUAUGGUCAUCGAAUGAGCGGCGUCGAGGAAGUUUCAGAGCAUUGGAGUACCGAAACUUCAAAUCUAUCAAUGGAGGAAUACUCUUUCACGAACAAGAGAAGGAUUUGUGCUACCAAGUUCACCGGUGACGACGACAACGACGAUAUGAAACCGUGUCGGGACGACGAUGCCGAAGCCUCAAAAGGGUAUUUACAAGAACGCUCCAUGAUCAAGAGGAAAUGGAAAGCUUCCUCCAUUGAUGGCAUCCCAAGUUAUCCUUUUUCCAAGAUUUGAGAGUUUAAUGAAAACCCUUUUGAGAAAUUAAGGAUAAAAUGCAGCCAAGAACGUCAAAACAUGGC